AUGGACAGACUUCUAAAACUCAUGGGAUUUGGUUGGGAUGACGAUGACAAAAUGAUAAAAGCUCCAGAAGAUAUUUGGGCAGAAGUAAUUAAGAAGGAUAAGGCUAUCCAAGAAUAUCGAGAUAAGGUGUGGCCUAGUUGGAUAGAUCUUCAAGCCAUAUGUGCUAGUUCAACAGCAUCUGGAGCUGGUGCUGUAUCUAGCAAAGGAAAUGAUGGUACAUGUACGACCAAAUCUUCACAAAUUGAUCUCAAUACGAAAGUUGAAGUACAUGACAUCGAUUCUGAUGAAGUCAAUGCUUCCCCUGGUGUCUUCACCAAGAAGUCAACUACCAUUGAGCCAGAAAAAAAGAAGUCCCCUGGAAAUGGAUCCAAGGAAACUGCAAGAGGACAAAAAUGGACAGCCGAUGAUGCCAUAAUAGCAAUUGAUCGCCUUGCAGAUGCAUCACUUAGCAUUGCUGAAGCAAAGAAAACAGUAGCACAACAAACUGAAGCUUACUCGGGAUCUAUGAACAUUUCGGAUGUGCCAGAUGAUGAACUUUCUGAUUCCGAGCAAGUGCUUAUUAAUAACAUUUCUGCAGUGUCCUUGUUUCGUGAUGUGUUGUUCACAAGGUUAUUCAGAACGCCCCGCAACACUUCUAUAUUAACUGGUGCUCAGAAAACAAUAGAGUUUUUAGAGGGACAUCUAGUUAGAUUUUAUGAACAAUUUCGUCUUGAGAAGCACACAUUCUACUUGUUGCGGGAUGCUUUGUGUGAGAGGAAGUUACUCAAGGAUACAAAUCGAAUGACAGUGGACGAACAACUACUCAUGUUUCUACAUACAAUUGGUCACAAUGUUAGAAACCGUGUCAUCCAAGAUAGAUAUCAGCAUUCUGGCGAACCAAUCAGCCGACACUUCAACAAAGUUUUAGACGCCAUAAAUGGUUUGCGUGAUGUUUGCAUAACAGAUUCAAGCAAUCAAGUCCCAUCAAAAAUAUUGGGUGACGCAAGAUUCUACCCAUAUUUCAAGAACUGCCUAGGAGCAAUUGAUGGGACACAUAUUGAGGCAAAAGUCAGGCUUGAUAAGCAAACUCCUUAUAGAAACAGACAUGGUUAUCCGUCUCAAAAUGUAAUGGCAGUAGUGUCAUUUGACAUGACAUUCUCUUAUGUCGUUGCUGGAUGGGAGGGUUCUGCAUCGGAUCAAGCUGUUCUAAGAUGGGCUGUGACUAGUGGGGGUUUAGUUGUUCCUGAAGGUAAAUUUUACCUUGUUGAUUCAGGCUACGCAAAUACUCCAAGAUUUAUUGCCCCGUAUCGUGGAGAUCGCUAUCAUAUUGCUUCUUUUCGUGAAAGUAAUCGGCGAUAUACUGGUGAGAAUGACUUGUUCAACCAUCUACAUGCACAGUUGCGGAAUGUUGUUGAACGAACUUUUGGUGUUCUAAAAGCUCGUUUUCCAAUUCUAAGUAGGAAAGGAGGAAUUCCUUAUCCAUACAAAACUCAAGUGAAAAUUGUUAUGGCUUGUUGCAUUAUCCACAACUUCAUAAGGAAGGUUUAUCAUCCUGAUGAGUUAUUCGAGCUUUAUGAGCAUGGGGAAACAGAACAAAAUACUGACCAUGGUGAUCAACAAGUUCAUGGGCAAGCAAGAGAAGAUGAUAGAGUUGCUGGUGAGAGACUUGGAAUCCCCAUCCGCUACAGCUGCCUCCUGCCCCCGGCGCCGCCGAUACAGGCUGAUGUCGGUGUAGCCUGCACGGCCGGCGUUGAGGGGAGGCAGGCCUGUCUCUCAGCCAUCGACGCCACCACGAUGCCAAACAACGUCAUCCUCCUGCGCGAGUCCAUCCUCCCACAUCGAACCCCGAAUCUGCACUGCGGCACGCCGUCCAGAUCCGUCGCCAUCAAUGUCGCCGGCGCAGACUGUAAGGCCGUCUUCCUCCCUGGCCUCUUCCACACCGUCAAGGAAGCCAUGGAGCUCAUCCUUUAG